AAACAUACCUUUUUGGGUCAUAUAUUUCCUUAUUUUCGUAUCUUGAAAUACCCCUAAAAGCAAAUGAAAAUCUCCACAGCUUCUAGUGCAUUGAAACAUGUUAAUAUCUAUUGAUGGUGUUUUUGUUGUGUCUGAUCCCAUAGUUAGAUUAAGUCAUUCCAAUUAAGCAUCCAUCAGCAAAUGUAAUUCCAUAAUGCCUGCAUGUCUAAGAUAAAAUGCCGACUGACUUAAUUUAGGAUUUAGAUUUUAUGAGUUCAACCGAUAUCUACCAUUUUUUCUCCAAAACGAAUCAUUGUUGUUCCAAGCUUUAGCACUAGAAGCGGAAAAAUGCUUGUGAAAAUUUUUAUAUUGGGAACAGUUUUAAGUUUAUUUGAACAUUACAACGUUCAAGCAGUCUUCGGCGCAAGGAAGCACAACAUACUGCAAAAUCCACCAAAAGACAUCAACUUAGGCAAACGCGUUAGUACAAAUCAGUAUUUUGACCAAAAAAUCGACCAUUUCAACACGAGUGAUAAUCGGACAUGGAAACAGAGAUACCAUGUUAGCGAAGAAUACUUCAACGAAACGUCUACAAACAAUGUGUUUCUUUUACUGGGAGGCGAAUCAGAAUCGACUGGAACUUGGUUAGGUUAUGGGGCAUGGAUAGACACUGCAAAGCAUUACGGAGCCCUCCUAGUUAAUUUAGAGCACAGAUAUUACGGUAAUAGCCAGCCGUUUACCGAUUUAAGUGUAGACAGUUUGCAAUACCUUUCGGUCUCUCAAGCUUUAGCCGACACCGCUAAUUUCAUUGAAGCUAUCAAUGAAAAAUACAAUAUUUCCAAAUCUGAUGCCAAAUGGAUUGCGUUUGGUGGCUCGUAUGCUGGAACUUUAGCAGCAUGGUUAAGACAAGAAUAUCCUGACUUGGUUGCAGGAGCGAUGGCAUCUAGUGCACCGUUGGAAGCUUUGCUGGACUUUCAUGAGUAUUUGCAGGUGGUGCGCAAUGGUAUGGGCAACUAUAGUCAAAAAUGCGCCGACAACAUCAAAGAAGCAUUUUUGGAGUUGGAGCAGAUAACUGAAAUAUGUUAUGAAGGUGAUGAAGCCUUUGAUGAACUGAAUGAUAUAUUUCAAUUAUGCGAUGAUAUUGGAAGAACAGACAUAACCGAUAAGGACUUAGCCACAUUAUCUCAAUAUCUAGCAGAUGAAAACUUCGCUUACACCGUACAAUACCAUGGAAGAGCUGCAAUCAAUAUCGACCGUGUUUGUGAGAUUAUGAUUAAUGAAACCGGAGGCAGCUCAACUCUCCAGCGACUGGGACAAGUAAAUAGUCUUUUUCUCAAUGAUUCCCAGCAGACCUGCACUGAUUUUAAGUACAGUAAUUUAGUACAAGCCUGGAGGAAUACUACGAUUGACCCAAGUUCAAUGAUGCGCCAAUGGGUAUACCAGACAUGUACAGAAUUUGGGUUCUUUCAAACGUCGAGUCACGAAGAUUCCACAUUUGGGACUCUAUUCAACAUCACCUACUUCACCGACUUAUGCAUAGAUGUUUUUGGUAGUGAGUUUAAUGAAACACUAACACGCUCUGGUAUUGAAAAAAUUAAUAACAAAUACGGUGGCAGAAACAUGAACAUGAGCAACAUAGUUUAUUUCCAUGGAAGCUUGGAUCCGUGGCACGUUGUUGGGAAGCUGGAAGCUUCAAAAGACGCUGAUCACACAGUGCUCAUUGUAAACGGUGUUUCUCAUUGCGCAAACAUGAUGGCAGUUAUGGAUACUGAUUCGGAAGAAAUGGCAGCCGCAAGGUCUGCAAUCGACAGGCUGAUAGGAGGAUGGCUGAGUUCAGCAGCUUUAACCCUCGGAAGCAGCUCUUUAGCGAAACUAAUUUUUGGUUCCCAUAUUUUAAUUGCUGCCAUUUAUGCAAUGUACUAGACUAUUAAUCAAUUCAUCCGAUACUGAAAAAUAUCUAGCUAGGCUAUCCUAAAUUUAUUUAAUUAUUUGAGAUUUGACGAUUAAUACUAAAUUGAAAUCAUGAUGGAUGUAUUUAUUUUCAUUAAUAAAACAAGCAUUUCAAAUAAAA